AUGUCAUUUUUGAUACGUAUUUCAAGACCCGAUCCUGGUACCCCGUGGGGUUUCCGACUUCGUGGAGGCCGAGAUUUUGGAGAACCGCUGAACAUUUCUGCAGUUACACCUGGAGGUUUGGCACAGACUUGUGGUUUACGCGCUGGAAUGCGUAUUUUAUCUAUUGGGCGUGAUUCUGUACACCAAAUGACUCAUCAACAAGCACAUCAAGCAAUUAUACGUUCCUGUAAUGAUCUUGAACUAGAAGUCUAUGAUACUGCUAUGUACAACUCUAGUUGUACCACAUCUCAUCAUAUGAACAUGUCUGUAACACAAUCAUUGGUCAGUAUUGAUUUAUAUAAACCAACUGAAUCACAGAGAUCACAAUCAGCUGCGUCUGGAGUUACCCACCUUCGUACAAGUCCAGCAAUAUCACCCAAUGGUAUAAUUAUGACAGCAUACAGUCCUAUUUCACCUACAAUACAUAAUCAUACAUCGGCUGAAAAGCUUACGUGGAUCGUUACACACCAGUUUACAGACCACAAGGAAAUAUAA